UGAGCAAGAGAAUCCUUCAAAAUAAUUUGACGCAAUACAGUAAAAUAAAGGUCAAAGAGAAUAAUAUAUCCACUACGUUUAAGAGGCAGCAGUGUAUUGCAACAAUCAAGGCGUAAAAUAAAUUAUGGAUGGAAUUUAUGAAGACGAUAACAAUGUCUCAGCUAUAUUCUUUGAUUUAGAUAAUACUUUAAUCCAAACUAGAAAAGGAGACAGCAAGGCCUGCAGUAAGCUCUUGGAGAUUCUAGAACAUCAAUAUGGUUUAUCACAUGAAGUUGCAGCGGAAAGUACUUCAACUUUCCUGCGUGCAUUCAGAGCCAGACCUGAUGACGAGUCUUAUGCGAUAAAUGAGUGGCCCACGCAUCUGUGGCGAAACUCUUUGCCGAAAAAUUAUAGGCAUAUUGCCAGAAACAUUAUGGCUGAAUGGUUAAAAUUAAGGUUUAAGUACUUAGCAUUGACACCAGAUGUGAUACAUCUCUUAGAAACUCUAAGGGAGGAUUAUCUGCUCGGUUUGAUCACGAACGGGCCUUCGCGGGCCCAGUGGCAGAAAAUUGAGCGGUUGGGUCUCCGGAAGUACUUCGAUUGCGUAUUGGUCUCCGGAGACUUGCCAUGGGAAAAACCUGACCAGAACAUCUUCUUGGAAGCCUGCAAGCUCCUCAACGUUGAACCUAGCACGUGCAUAAUGGUUGGAGACAAGCUGGAAACUGAUAUAAAAGGUGGCAAGGAAGCAGAAUUAGGUGGUACAGUAUGGAUUCCAUUACAGUACGAUGAAAUGGAAUCUGACUUGCCUGAUUUCAAGAUACAGAAAGUAACGGAACUACCAGAAGUUCUUCCUAAUUCACCUAAGUUUAAAAAGAGGACAUCGCAGUCGCCAAAUUGUUGAAUGUACAAAAACUUAAAACAAGAACAACAUGUUUUUAUAACAUAAUGCAUUAGCCG